AUGGGUGUCACUUGUUCGUGUCAACAGAAAAUUGAAGAUGAUUAUUAUCUAGAGGAUCCCCCUGUAAACGAGGCCACUUAAUAGCAAAGUGCUGAUCUUCUCCAAAAUGCGGAUAAGAACGAAGGAAAGGAAUAAGAUCAAUAAAAAGAACAAUAAACUGUAGACAUAGAUCCAAUUCAACUUAAAUCAUAUGAGAUUGAGGACAAUUGUCCCUAAGGUCUCUAACCACUUACAUUUUAGGCCUAACAAGAAUUUAUUGAUCAAUAUCCUGCUAUUGUGAAAAAACAACUUUAGAAAUUACCAAGGCUUGAAAUUAAGGCUACUCUUACUCCUAAUUAUAAAAGAAUACCUCUAAUAGAUACUCCGUAAUAACUCUAUCUAAAUAACUAGUUAUUUAUUAUUAAAUGGAGAUGUUUAUGUAGGAUAAUGGGCUGAAGGAAAACCCUUUGGUUUAGGCAAAAUAUAUUAUCUUGAUCACCAAGUCUACGAGGGUCAAGUGAUAGAUGGAAUUCCUAAUGGAGAAGGCAGAAAAAUAUUCAAAGAUGGCUCUUUUUACACUGGUAUUAAACAAACUAUAAUUCAAAAGGGUAAUUUAAAAUGGGUGAAAUAAGUGGAAAGGGUAAGUUUACAAGAUAAGAUGGUUUCAAGUAUGAUGGUGAUUUCUUAUGUGGAAGACCAGAUGGAAAAGGAAUUGAAACAUGGCCAGACGGCACUAAUUAUUAAGGUUAAUAUAAAUUAGGUAAGAAAAAUGGAUAAGGAUCCUUUACCUGGAGUAACAGGAAGAAUAAGAAAACUGGCAAAUUAGAAAGCUAUACUGGUUUAUUUAAAAAUGAUGUAUUUCAUGGACCAGGAAGAUAUGAAUGGUAGGAUGGAAGAAUCUAUGAUGGAGAGUGGGUAGAAGGAAGAAUGGAAGGAAAGGGAGAGUUCAUAUGGCCAGGUAUAUAUAAAUAAUUGAUUAAAUCCUUUUUAGACAAGAGAAAAUAUACAGGAAAUUAUUUAAAAGACAUAAAAUCAGGUUUUGGAGAAUUAGAAUGGCCAGAUGGAAAAAAAUUGUCAGGUCAAUGGAGAAUGGGUAAACUAAAUGGGGUUGUUACACUUACAAUCAAAGGCAAAAUUAAGGAAGGCGAAACUGAACCAGAACCAGACAAAACCUUUUUAUCUGAAUGGGAAGAUGGCAAAAGAAUAAAAUGGUUAGAUAAUCAAAAACCUAGUGGGAUACAUAGUAACAUUAGUUAGUUAAGAAAUUUUGAUGAACACCAGCCUCUAUAAAACACAAGUUAAAUUAUAAAAUCCCAAAAUAGAUAAGAUGAGCAAUCAAACAAUAAGGAUUCCUUAUUGAAUAAUUCUAAGACGUAACAAUAAAAUACAAUUUUUUAAUAAAAUGCAGAAAUCAAGUUAGAGUAACAAUAAUAAUAAUAAUAACAAUAAUAACAAUAACAAUAACAAUAAUAGUAAUAACAAUAAUAAUAAUAACAAUAUUAGUAAUCGUUUUAACAAUAAUAAUAAUAAAAUUAGAUUAAUGAAAAUUAAAAUAAUGAAUAUAUGAAAUAACAUCAAUAGGAAAAUGUCAGCUCAAACGUAGAUGAUAAUUAAUUUUAAUAAUUUAUUGAUAACAAUCAAAAAAACUAAAAUGAAAAUGCAUUAAUAAAGAAUUUUGAUGAUCAAUAACAAGAAGCUUAAAAAGAGAAAACUGAUUUAUGA